CAUCGCGAUGCGCCGCAACACCAGGCAUCAAAACCUGGCCGUAUCCUGGCUUGCUCUCCUGAAAUGUAACAACGCGCACGGACAGGCGAGUGCGAAUAGAAUCACCUGUUGCUGAAAUGGGACUUUUGAGAAUUCGCUGGCAAUCGGAUGGUAAAGUGAAAUCGACCAUGGAACAUCCAUAUAUGGACUUGGCAGACCAUUCAUUGCUGCUUUUGUCGGAACGACAUCUUAAACGAGGCUAUAUCAAAAGACAAAUAUCAUCUGAGCCGCUGAAGGAGAAGGAAAGGAACGAAUCAUCAUUCGAUGGAAUUAUUGGACAUCCUGCACUUCCCUCCUGAGAGAUCAUCAGUGAGUUGUUUGACGAGAUGAUAUCAUUAUACCGGCGGCUUCAAGGACAUGAUUGUCUCUCUUAAAGGUUCCUCGUCCCUGGUCUUAUUUGUCGGUACCUUUGCUCAGUCCACACCACAAAAUCAUCCCCAGCUCUUUGAACCCUUGUUCUCGUGAGUCUCUUCCUCUUCCUGGCAAUCUCGAAUCAAGAUCUUUGUCAUGUCCGCCGAACGCCUCGACCCAUCAUCCUCUGAAGAUCAUGGGGCGAGAUCUCGAAAGACGACGAACAUCGACGAGACCUAUGCCCGAUACGAACGUUCCCCUUUCCGGAAAUACUCACUAAAGCCAAGCGAAGGAAAUCAGGACGGUGUCAGUCGUCAGAAGUCCAAGCAUAGCCUCAUGGGCCGCUUCAAUUCCGUUCGCUCCAAGAUGGGGAGUAGCAAGCAAGGCGGUGUCGACAGGGCCAACAGUAGUCAACGUCCAAAGCCCAAUUACUCUCUGGCAGGCCCCAAUGCGUAUAAAGGCCAGGACGAUGAUGACGACUACGACUCUGACGAAGGAUUUGGUCGCUACGGGAGACGCCCUCAACCCACUGUCGGAUUGGGAAAGCCAUUUCAAAGACAGAAGAGAGGCGACAGGUGGAGGAAGCGCGACAGCAUGAAGAACCCCAAGCAGGCUAUGAAAGAUUCUCAAGAAGAGAAAAAGAGUAAUGGUAAGAAACACGAAAAAGUGGUUGGCGGUGGGCCUUCGGCUGGUGGACCAGCGGGUCAUAGUCGCAAUCCAGAGGAUGAAGAUGAACAAGGCAACAGCAAUUGGAUCGAGCAAGUUGCUGGUGCAAACGAUCGCCACAAUAGUGAUCAGACCUUGAAAGAGGAGGAGGGCGACGAUGGUAGCAAAAACGCUGAAGAGAAAUACGGCUACGAACCUAAUUUCUGGUUUGGCAUUCGUCGUCAAUUGAGGGAGCCUUUGGCAGAGUGGCUUGGUACUCUGGUCGCGGUCCUCAUGGGAGUUUGUGCCAAUCUGCAGGUGAAGACGUCGCAGGGUGAAGCCGGUAGCUUUUCCCAGUCAGCCGCUAUGUGGGGAUUGGGAACAAUGAUGGCCAUCUAUAUUGCUGGUGGAAUUUCCGGUGCACACUGUAAUCCCAUGGUCUCCAUCAAUCUUUCUGUAUUCCGUGGCUUCCCGGCUCGCAAGGCUUUCAUCUACAUCUGCGCCCAAAUUCUUGGAGCUAUCUGUGCUGUGUGGAUUGCAUAUGGCAUCUACCAUGAUGCGAUUUUGGACUUCGACCCUGAAAGAAAGUCUACAAGCGAUGGAAGUGGCACCGCCUUCUUCACCCUACCUGCCCCAUUCGCUACCCCAAAAACCGCCUUCUGGACAGACUUCACUUCAGCUGCUGUAAUGAGUGGCACAGUGAUGGCUAUGGGCGACGACACGAACUCGCCUCCCGGAGCCGGCAUGCAUGCCUUCAUUAUCGCGCUCAUCGGGUUCGCCAUGGCUGCGUGCUUGGGCUACAACACUGGCCCCCAGACCAACCCAGCCAAGGAUCUCGCGACUCGAUUCGUCCCCAACGUUGUCGGCUACGGCGGAGACAUGUGGGUCCAGGGUUGGUGGGCAGAAGCAUGGGCAGCAGCUAUCUUUGGCGGCUUGUUUGGAUGUCUCGUAUACGAUGUUGCCAUUUUCGAGGGACCGGAGUCACCGAUCAAUUACCCGCGUAAGAAGAGGGAACUGUCCAGGCAAGGGAACAAGGCGAAGUGGUUCAAGACUGGUUGGUUCGGAUCAGCAAAGAAACAGCGCGCAGAAAAAGAUCUUGAGACCGGUAAAGUUGGCAUCAACGAGAAGGAUGCAGGGCAUCAGAUGAGCGGACACUGA